UUCGUUUAACCUCGCGGCUUGGCCGCCCCAUUUCUGAAGAUGGGGAAAAUCACCAAGACGAUGCAGCCGAAGCAUGAGGAGACUCUUUCUCCUUGGCUCAAAGACUUUGUGCAGUCGGCUUGCACAUUACCACUUCCACUUCUCCCCGACCACAUCGCCACCUUCCCAACACGAUGGCCGUUCCCACGGGGCGACCUCUACCACUGGAUCCCGCUACUCAACCGGUUCGACAAUAUUCUCGAGUGCUUCAGUGUCACAUACAAGUUGAACGAGGGCCCUCAAACCGGUGAUCUAGGCUGCGAGGUGUUACUUCAUCGAGGCCUCAAAGUGGAAGAGUACGGCACGGAGGUAUGGGAUAUGGACCGGCUGCGCAAGCAGGGCUAUGGCGAGCAAGGUGACCGCCAGCUCAUCGAGGCCAUCCUCAAGUUCACGCGUGUCCUGCUGGAGCAUUGCGGUAACAGAAGCAUUUAUGCCAGCAGCAACCACUUGAACGACCUCCUUCAUGCUACAGACCUGUCCGUCAUCAUCGCAACCCUCGGAGUCGGUUCCGAGCUGGCCAAACGAUACCAGGCCUCUGUCAAACGCAUCGGAAGUCACUCCCGCCAUGUCAGCACUGCACUGCUGGCUAACCACUACAAUAUUGCCCUCGAGCGUGUACAGCUAUUAGCCUCCCCCUUCGUCAAGACUCCUCUCAUCUCCCUAUCCGAUGCUGCUGCAUCUGCUACACCCGGUUCCGCUGCCAAGGGCAAGGAUAAGAUCCACACUACUGGGCAGAAGAACGCAGCACCCAUGUUUGCCAACGAUCUCAGUGCCAUCGUCAACUCGGAACCUGGUCAAUGGAACGGCUGGGGUGACAUCAAGAUCUCGUACACUGCCGUUACAGACACCAAAGACCAUCCAUUUUCCAGUGCCGUGGAUCGUACCUCUGCUGGGACGAACCUGCCAAGCACACCAACACCUUUGCGGCGCAGUACUACGAUGGGUGGUACUGCUCAACAAACCCCGAGGUCAGCCCGGCAAGUACCAGGCGACGAAGCCUCGCCUUCUACCGUGUCUCGCUCUCCUGCCCCAGUAAGCGAGCAAGCCACAUCCAGCCAGAAGGUGUUUGAUCUGCCGCAGUCUGUGGUGGCGUCGUCUUCUAUCUACGACCUACUUGCCCGCUGCCCUGCCGAUGCUCCACCACACACCAGAUACGAAUAUCUCAAUAGGGUCAGAAUUGCCAAGGCGCUCCUAGGCAGUGUUGAGACUCGCCAGCAGGCUCUAGCCAUUCGUCUCCUGGCUAUCACGAACCUGGCAUAUAUCCACCCUGAGAAUGUGUUCAUGGAAAAGGUCAUGCGUCAGGAUAUUGACGAAACUCGGCGAUACCAGCUCGUCUAUCAGUUGGCCGAAAUAAUUCAUCCGACAUCGCCUGGAUCUCAACCUGUGCCUCUUUGGGUUCAAUCGAUUGCACUCGCUCUACUGGAAGCUAUUUCCUACUUCCAGGCUCGCUAUCAAGAUGUGCUUUCCGCCCUUAAUGCCAACGUCAACCACGGCAUUCUUUUGUACGUCAUUCGCAAGGCAGUCGCGGGCAUGAAGGACGAUGAGGUGGCCGACAAGUACAACCAGUCCACCGAGGUCAACGAGUGGCGCAAAGACCUCUUCUCAUUGACACAGCACUUGGCUAUGUCCACUAGAGUUGGCGCAGAGAUGGUCAGCGCUGGCCUGAUGGAUGUCUUGGUCGAGAUUAUGAAGACGCGAUCCAAUGUGGCUCAGCGUAAUCAUGCGACUAUUUUGAGUUUCAUAGAUGGACUCAUCUGGUCCUACCAGAACGCUUUCCACGCCUUCUUCAACGGUGAUGGCUUGGACGCCAUCUCGGAACUUCUAGUCACGUCUGUCAAAGAAGGCACCCAACUUGCUGACGCUGGCCGUGGUACGCAAUCUGAGUACCACUCUUCCGUCGUCGACUACGAUAUUCCGUUCCACCACCAGCAAACGCUUAAGUGGCUGUUGAAGUUUAUGCACCACAUGAUGACCAACUCUUACAGUCUCGGAGGCAAUACGGACCGCCUCCUGCGGAACCUCGUGGACAAGUCUGAUCUGUUGGCCAGUCUGAGGGAGAUCAUGCAGCACACUAAGCGAUUCGGCUCUGUUCUGUGGACAAACUCUGUUACUGUUCUCAGCGACUUUAUCAAUAACGACCCUACAAGCUUCGCAGCCAUCGCGGAGUCUCGCAUGAUCGUAAGUUUCCUCGAAUCCGUCACCGGCAGCCCUGUACCCGAGCAGACAGUGGCCCCUCGCGGCAGCGAAGACGCUGCUGGUGAAGCGGAUGACGCGCCUCAAGAAAACAACGAUCAGGUUACCCUUGAGCCUGACGAUAAGCCUCAUCCUCCACCAGAGGAGGAGCUGGCUGCUGGCAGGGACCGUCCGCUCGCAAGAGGGAUCUUGACGAGCCCAGACGCCAUGCUCGUUGUGCCGCAAGUCCUCAAUUCCAUUUCCCUCAACAACGUUGGCCUAAGAAUGGUCGUGUCAUCGCGCGCGUUCGAGUCUUACUUCGAGAUGUUUGAAAGCCCGAAACACGUUAAUUGUCUUGAGGGCGAGCAACACCUCGCCAGUAGUGUGGGUGAAAGUUUUGAUGAGCUGUGCCGGCAUCAUCCAGCUCUGAGAAGUCCCAUCUCGGAUGCUGUUAUUGACAUGGUGGCAAGAGUCAGAUUCCUCGGCAAAGACGAAGCAGAGACGUCUGGCUGGGGAGCAAAGCUGGUCUUUGACGAUGCAAAUGGUAACGUCUUGACUGCUGACCAUGGUCUUCUUGGUCAUCUCUCAGCUCCGCCUGGCGAUAGCAAAGGCAAGGAGAAAGCCUCCACCGAUGACGCGGAUGUUGACAUGCUGGACGGAGCAGUGACUGCAAAGGAAGAAGACAGCAGUUCAGCGUCCAGCAAGGAAGCCUCGAAGCCAGCUGCGACGGCGUUUGACAGUAUCACACCUUAUGUCCAUGCACUUGGCCUCUUCCUCACCACCUACCUUUCCAACAACACGAUGAAGACCCAUUUCGUCCAGCGCGGAGGCAUCGAGCUGCUGCUCGACAUUGCUGAAUUGCCCAGUCUCCCUUACGACUUCAACGAGUCCAACGCCUCGCGUAAGCUCUUCUCAGUGAUCUCUCAGCUUGUUGACCAUUCUCCCGUCCUGGGGUUGCCAGCGCUUCUCAAGCGGGCACAGGCGGCACUUGACUCGCUCGAGUCGUUUGCGACUGACAACGACGGCCGACCGUACUUUGCCCCUUUCGUUUUGUCCGAAAAACCGAUAACGCUGGAGGACGCAAACUCAUGGGACACGACGACGCGAAACAAGAUCUUGACAGGAACCAAGGUUGUCAGAGCCCUGCUCAAUGCCCAGUCUUUCCUGAAGACACUAUACGAGUGUUUCCCGUCUUCACCGCGCUCCUCAUCUUCGGUGUCGCUCUAUCCCAUCAACUUCUAUGAUUACUACCUGCAGUUGAUCAAGUCCAUCGGGCCUCUUCUACGGGCAGGUCUCACAGAAGAAGGCGCAGUACACAACGUACUCCCCCAGCACUGGUGGGCCAAGAAAGUCGGUGCAAUCGACGAAGCCUUGGCAAUCAUCGGUCGACCCGCGGUACCGGCGUCUCCGUCCGGCGACGAUGAGGAGACGUUCUUGCCUGAUGACCUACUGGGGAACUUCAGGGCAGAGGCGCUGCCGAACAACAAGGGCGCUGCGGCUCCGCAGCCUAAGCGGCCUACCAAGCAAGAACAAGCCACGGCCCGCUUCAAAAACUUCGAAACUCUGCGAGUCGUUCUUCAUUCUAUGGUCCCGUCGUCGUUCCCGUUCUUCCAGCAACUCGGCAAGGCAAUACUGCCUCGUCGCGGCGGGGACACAUUUUCGCGACAGCAUCAUAUCGAUCUCGCCAAGGGGCUGUCAGCGACCAUAAUCGAUCAGUUGAAGCCCUCGAUGGCGGUUGAGGUUGCAACGCCCAAAGACUACCAUUACUGGAUCAUCAUGCUUCACACACUCAGCGAGAUGCUGAUUGACGCGACUCCUAGAUCGAGUGACCGAGCUGGUUCUCAGAUCAUCAUGCCUGUGUAUCUGGCAUUUGUUGAGCAGGGCGGUCUAGAGAUUCUGACGACCAUGGCUCGACGUUUCGCUGAUAGAGCAGCCGAUCAAAGCAGCGGAACAGAGCCCAGUGCAGCCACCAAGAUAUGUUCUUUCGGCCUCAAGAGAGCGCUCGAUUUGUUUGCCACUGUUGUUGAUGGGAAGACCAUGGCAGACUCCGCUACUCAGUUCGGGCUCAUCCCCCGGUCUGCAGGACCCCGGCCAGAGGCACCACUGUCCAACCAAAUGGUGCUUGACGCUCGCAUGGCCAUCUUCCCAGUCGUGCGUGAGAUAUGGGAUUCCGCAUUGAUGGAGAAGACGCAGCCAGAAACUCUAAGCAGGGUUAUCGAUAUCCUUAAAAUUGUGGCUGUCGGGAGCGAUGAGUCUGGUCAAUCGAGUACUCAGGCGUCUGACGUUUUGAAGAGGGUUCCCAGCGCUUUCAACUGGCGCACACACCAGACCUCGCUCUCCGCCCUCUCUAGAGACUACGAUGACGACCUGGCGCGUGAGGCCGUUUAUCGAGCCAACGGCAAUCAAAACUCCGCCACCGAGUACUGCCGGGCCUACGCAGCCGGCACGGCUGGGUCGCGAAACCCUGUACCUGCGCAGGAUGCUUACUUCGCCCCUCCGCCCGAACCGUCACGUCAAUCCAGCCAGCAGGGCGCUCCUCCCAGCUCUGAACCUAUGGCUCUUGAUGCACCACCCGAGCUAGACAACCUCCUUGGUGACGCUGUUCUCGACGAGCUCGAAGGUCCGUCUUCUGAGGAAUCUGACGACGACGACGACGACGAAGACGAAGAGAAUGAUGAAGAUGACGAUCACGCUGGCGAGGGUUCUCAGAAAGCUGGAGGAUCUGAUUUGCCCCCUAAAGCCAACGAGUCAGCACAGCCGACAAUAGAUCCUCGUGCAACCGCCAAGAAGACGCUCGACGACCAUCGGGAACAGUUCCGCAAAGAACUCAUCUCCAGGUCACUGGACAUAGUUCGGGCGCACCCUCAUUCAGCUAUAGAGGUGUCUGAGUUGAUCAGUGCCAUGGUCUUCCCUCAGGACAUCCGCGAGGAUGUUGGCGAGACCUUGACUAGCGCGAUUACGUCUCUUUCCUUCGACUCCGAUGAGGUUGAAUCCGACGCCAAUGGCUCCACAAUCGCCGCGUACGCUCACCUCUUUGCGCUUCUUCUCCGAGACAACGCUUUCCUUACGUGUAACAUUGAUACAUUGAGAGCCAACGUAUCGACCUAUGUCGGGUUUUUGAAGCUUUCGCCAACACGUGCCAAAGACGACCUGCCCCCUUGGAUCCCCUAUAUUCUCCUCAUUGUUGAAAUCUUGCUGGCCCAUGACGAGAAGCCAAUCGAGGCCACAUGGAAAGCCCCUACUUCGGAGAAUGAAGUUAUCAAACCAGCCGUUAUCGAGAAGCCGGAGGCUAUCCUGUCUGACGCUGAGCAGAGUGACCUGCUAGAACGCAUCCUUGACAUCUUGCCAAGGCUGGGCCAAGAGGACACUCUUGCAAUCUCUGUCCUUCGUGUCCUUGUUGUUCUCACUCGCAAGAGGUCUUUGGCACGCACAGUCGGCGAGAAAAAGAACCUCCAGAGACUAUUUGUCAUGGCAAAGCAGCUUGCCGGCGCCGGCGUGAACCGUCUCAAGGACACCAAGACGGCUGGGUGCAUCAUGAUCAUCCUAAGGCACGUCGUUGAGGACGAGGAAACCACAAAACAGAUUAUGCGAGCUGAAGUUCGGAGCCUGUUCGAUAACCCUCAACGCAACCAACGCAACCUCGAUGUGACGACCUAUCUUCGAAAUCUCUCUGCCGUCGCCCUCCGCGCCCCUGACCUUUUCGUUGAGAUCACGAACGACAUGACAAGAUUGACCCGCUGGUCCCCGGUCAGCGAGGGCACCGCACGGGCCCACUACAUUGCUCUCAAGGAGACGGAGCCCGAAGCUUCUGUGGCAACGACAACACAGGAUCAGAGCGUUGAGCCUACGGUGCAGGCAACGGAGGAUUUGUCGCUUCACGACGUCAAACAAUCUACUGAAGCAGGCGACAAGGAGAUGACCGAUGCUCCGAAGCCAACGGUAGCGCGCCCAAUCAUUGAGAACCCUGACGGAGUCGUCCACUUCUUACUCUGCGAGCUACUGAAUUACCGAGAGGUGGAGGACAAGGAGCCAAUCCAGCCCAAGGAUUCGAAAGCGGCAUCGACGACACUGGCCGCCACGAGCUCUGAUCCUGCAGCCAAGGAGAACACUGCAGAUACCGGAGCAAGCUCUGAUGCUAAGGAGACCAAGGACAGCAAAGACAAGAAGUCCAAGCCUUCAUUCAAGGCCGAUGAGCAUCCUAUCUUCAUAUACCGUUGCUUCCUGCUUAAUUGUCUCGCGGAGCUUCUGCAAAGCUACAACAGAGCCAAGGUUGAGUUUAUCGACUUCAAACGGAGUGCACCGCUGCAGACAAAUACUCCGGUCAAGCCGCGCUCGAGCGUCUUGAACUACCUGAUUCAUGAUCUGCUUUGCCAGGGCGGCCUCGAGAAUCCUGACACUGUUGUUGCCAAGAAGAAAAUGGCGACCUCGAACCAGGCUCAGCAAGUCCUGGUGGCUCUGAUGACCAAAACUGGCGAAAAGGCCAUCGAUAAGCACCGCGAGCGCUUUGAGUACGACGAUGAUCCGGAUCUUCUCUUCGUCAGGAAGUUUGCGUUGGACACUGUUCUUAAAGCGUACGAGCGUGCUUCCACGCCUGAGGAGCCCCUCGAGACCCGAUACACCAAAAUGCAAUGCCUUGCUGAAUUAAUGAAUCAAGUCAUUGGCGAGAAGGAGCGCGAUCCCCCGGGCGCCACGAGAGGCAUGGGAUCUCCGCAGGCUCGCUCGCAGGCUCAGCUCCGCCGCAUGAUGUACGAAAAGGGGUACUUGGACAGGCUCACUUGGUCUAUUGCCGACCUUGAUCUGAAUCACGUGGGGGUCAAACGUGCCAUUAAGCAUGUGCUCCGGGUCCUACGGGUUCUCACCGAUACCGCCAAAGAAAUCGCGUCUUCAUCGUCAAUGUCUGACAUAGACGACGACAGGGAAGAGACUCCCGACCUCUAUCGGAACUCGGCAUUGGGCAUGCUCGAGCCCCGUGGCAGCGAUGACGAGUCUGAGGAUGAAGAAGGUAUGGAAUCUUCUGCCAAGUCAACUGGAAACCACGGAGCUAACUCAUUCGCAGAUGACGACGAUGAUGAAGAGAUGUAUGACGACGAGUACGGCGACGAGCUCGAGUAUGGGGAGGAAGAGAUCUCUGAUGAUGGAGACAACGGCAUCAGCGACGACGACGACGAAGAGCUCGGUGAAAUGGGUGAGAUCGAGGGUCUCCAUGGGGACCCUGGAGUCGUCGAGGUUGUAAUGGAUGACGACGAUGAUAUGGAGGACGAUGACGAUGAGAUGAGUGACGACAUGGACUCCCAGGACAUGGAGGAAAUGGACGAUCGCGUCGAUAUCGCUGAAGAGAUUCUCGAUGAGGACGGCAAUCCUAUCGACGACGACGGUGCCUCUGAUUGGGAGAGUGAGUCAGACGACGAGGAAGAGGAUGACGAUGAUGAACUCGACUACGGAGCCGAGGUCCAAGACCUCGACGAAGCCCAUAUGCACGGCCUGGGACCCGAAGAGAUCCUUGACAACCUAACACGUGCUGUUGUCAUGGCCCCUGAUGGAGAGUUCGACCCCGAAGACAUGGAGGGACUUGGCGAACACUACAUUGAGGACGAUCGUGGCGAUGAAGACGAUUUCCGCAGCUACUUCUCACGUGGUCCUCGAGCAAACGCGGCCCCCAGCAACGCCGACGACGGCAUCAACCCCUUGCUGCGUCGAACCAACCAAACCGCGGAGCCUUCACCACGCCCACCUGGAGUGCCUGGUCUGGUCGGCCUGCGUUUCCCUCCGGACGCCUUUGGAAUCGGCGCUGGCCGUCAUGGCGGCCUCAUGGACAGCCCCAUGGCAAUUUUGAACGAUAUCGUUGCUUCUUUACCUGUCAUGCGACACGGACAACCGUCUGUCCAGCUCUCAAUCACACAGAACGGGCGUGGGGAACUUCGAGAAUACCACGUUGUCCCCCGUGAGUCAAGAGGCGAUGCUCGACGAGAUGGAACCUACCAUGAACCCCAGCAGGCCGUUGCUUUCACUCCGGAUUCCACCUUCGAGAGAUAUCAGGAAGAGGCCCGAAUGGUGUUUGGAGGAUCUCUUUACAUCGACAAAGCUCAGCGACUACUCAAACUCAUCUUGUCAAAGCUGAUUCCUCCUGCGUUCGAGCAUGAGAAGAAAGCCAAGGCCGAGGAAGAAGAGAGGCGACGUGUCCGUGAAGAAGAAAGAAAAAAGCGGGAGGAAGAAGAACGGCGAGUAAGAGAGGCUAAGGAAGCCAAGGAGGCUGAGGAGAAGGCUGAGCGUGAGCGGAAAGAAGCCGAGGAGCGCGACGCACAACAGCGGCUGACGGCUGAAGCGCUGGGUUCCACGGAUUCCAACGCUCCCACAGCUGGCGCGGACCCUCAAGCAAUGGAAGGCGUUGAAUCGCAUGGCGCUACUGAGUCGGCAACGGUGCCUCCAGCCAAUGUCCCUCGGGUCGUCACAACGAUCAGAGGCGAAGAGGUCGAUAUCACGGAGCUUGGCAUCGACCCUGAGUAUCUGGCAGCACUCCCCGAAGAAUUCAGAGAGGAGGUCAUCGCGCAGACCGUGAGCUCUAGGCGCUCCCAGGCACGCGAGGAUGCGGCAGCGGGCGAACAGACCGAGGUCUUCCAAGAGUUCCUGGAUGCAUUGCCGGAAGAGAUGCGCAGCGAGAUCGUGCAGCAGGAACGCCAAGAGGUGCGCCGGCGCGAACGAGAAGAGCAACGCCGCCAAGCUGCUGGUGGUGCCGCCGAGCAAGAGAUGGAUGCUGCAAGCAUCUUGUUGACCUUCCCGCCUGAGCUGCGCCACGAAGUCUUGUUGGACCAGGGCGAAGACAUCAUGGACCAAUUGCCGGCUGACAUGGCUGCCCAAGUCCGCCUGAGUCAACGAGCAGGGAACGCCAGAAGCCCUCCUGGUAUCGCGCGGAGGCCGGCGCAGCAGCUGACAGAGCCUGGUCAGGAAGCCGAGACAAAGGUCCAACGCAAGACGGUAGUGCAGAUGCUCGACAAGCCUGGAAUCGCCACCCUGCUCCGUCUCAUGUUCAUUUCUCAAUACGGAUCUAUCCGCAACUAUCUUUUCAGCGUUCUCGCCGAUGUUUGCGAGAACAGGCAGAACAGGCUCGAAGUCAUCAGUACUGUUCUCCUUAUCCUUCAAGAAGGCAGUACAGACAUGGACGCUGUGGAGAGGAGCUUCAGCCAGCUUUCUCUCAAGGCAAAGAAGCCGAAGGAUAAGGAUGCGGACCCCAAGACUCCUCAGGGGCUCAAGAGAACGUUGACAUCCCUGACGACUUCUGGCCACGCCCAGACAAACUCUGAGAUAUCGCCUCUACUGGUCGUUCAUCAGUGCCUUGAUUUGCUGCAGGACCUCUCAACGAAGAACCCACACAUUCCCAUGCUCUUCCUUACCGAACACGAAAGCGUUGGGUCCUCACUGAAGCGCAUGCUUAGCAGGAAGGGGAAAGCUAAAGAUUACAAGGCUCACAAGUACGCCAUCAAUGCUCUUCUCAGCCUGCUUGACCGCGAGCUCGUUAUGGAAAGCUCGGUAGUCAUGGCGUACCUGGCAGACUUGCUCAACAAAAUCACGGUGCCGCUCGCUACUAUCGAGCGCAGACGGCGAGAGGCUGCCGAAAAGGCGGCGCUUGCGAACAAAAAGGUUGCUGAGGCAGCGUUCGCGGCUCAGAUGGCUGCCGAGGCAGCCGAGGCAGCCGCGACGGCCUCGACUGCUGAAGGUGCUUCGACCCAAACUGAUGCCAAUGAUCAGACCACCGGUGCAGUCGAAACCACAGCGAGUGCGACGCCAGCCGUUGAGUCGUCCACCGCCGUGGAGUCUGGUGACGCCCUGCAAUCGGAGGAAAACAAAAAGCCCGAGCCAGAGACCUCCAAAUCGGCGACGGCUGAUGAUCCCAAUCAGAAGAAGGGCAAGCAGAUGCAGGUUCCCGUCAUUCCGCCUCAUUACCUUACUCUGGUUGUCAAGAUCUUUGUUGCUCGCGAGUGCAGCUCCAAAACCUUCCAGAACACCAUCUCUGCCAUCAAGAACCUUUCGUCGAUUCCGGGGACCAAGGUAAUCUUCGGUCAAGAAUUGGUUCGCCAGGCCAGAGCCCUAAGCGAACGCAUCGUGCUCGACCUAGAUGAGCUAUUGCCGCACAUCAAGAAGGCUACGACGGGCACCGAGAUUCAAGGAGUUGCGUUGUCCAAGUUUUCGCCGGGCGCAUCAGAGCAGAAUAAGCUCCUUCGUGUCCUGACUGCUCUGGACCAUCUUUUCACUGAACCCAAGAAGAAGUUUUCCGCCGAGAUUGACAUGUGGGACAAGCUCAGCGAGUGUCUGAGGGCUAUCCACAAGCGCGAGAAUAUGGUCAAUGUCGCAACUAUCCUUCUCCCCCUCAUCGAGUCCCUUAUGGUUGUCUGCAAGAACACAGCCACAGCAGACUCCCCGGCGCAAGUCUCCGAGAAGGAGAUGCUCCUCUCAAGCCCUCCUCCCGAGUCCCGCAUGGCUGGACUCUUCUUCAACUUCACCGAAGACCACCGCCGAAUUCUCAACGAGCUUGUCAGAAACAACCCCAAGCUCAUGUCGGGUACAUUCGCUCUUCUCGUUAAGAACCCUAAGGUGCUGGAGUUUGACAACAAGCGAAACUACUUCAACCGGAGCGUUCACAGCCGUGCUAGCACGCAGCGCUCUGCUUUCGCUUCCCUGCAGCUUGCGGUUCGACGCGAGCACGUCUUCCAUGACUCCUUCCGGUCCCUCUAUUUCAAGUCUGGCGAUGAGAUGAAGUACGGCAAGCUCAAUAUUCGAUUCCAUGGCGAAGAAGGCGUCGAUGCCGGAGGUGUCACCCGCGAGUGGUUCCAGGUGCUUGCACGGCAGAUGUUCGACGCCAACUAUGCAUUGUUCAUUCCUGUGUCCUCGGACCGCACAACUUUCCACCCGAACAAGCUCAGUGGUAUCAACGACAUGCACCUGAUGUACUUCAAGUUUGUGGGCCGCAUUAUCGGCAAAGCAUUGUAUGAAGGCCGACUUCUCGACUGCUACUUCAGCCGCGCGGUGUACAAGCGCAUCCUUGGCAAGUCCGUUUCUGUCAAAGAUAUGGAAUCGUUCGAUCCCGACUACUACAAGUCGCUGGUGUGGAUGCUGGAGAACGAUAUCACGGAUAUUAUUACAGAGACGUUCUCGGUCGAAGACGACGAGUUCGGGGUUACUACGAUAGUCGACCUGUGCCCCGACGGCCGCAACAUUGCUGUCACCGAAGAGAACAAGAAUGACUACGUUCGUUUGGUUGUUGAGCACAAACUGCUGUCCUCGGUCAAAGAACAGAUGGAGCAUUUUCUGAAGGGCUUCCACGAGAUCAUCCCGUCCGAGCUCAUCCGCAUCUUUAACGAACAGGAGCUUGAGCUACUCAUCUCCGGUCUGCCCGAUAUUGACAUUGACGACUGGAAGAGCAAUACCGAGUACCACAACUACACUCCAUCCUCGCAGCAAAUCCAGUGGUUCUGGCGUGCCAUUCGGUCGUUUGACAAGGAAGAGCUGGCCAAACUCCUGCAAUUCGUGACCGGAACGUCCAAAGUCCCUCUCAACGGCUUCAAGGAACUUGAGGGGAUGAAUGGCGUGAGCCGUUUCAACAUUCACCGCGACUAUGGUAACAAGGAGCGUCUUCCCAGCUCACACACAUGCUUCAACCAACUUGAUCUUCCUGAGUAUGAGAGUUAUGAGACACUCCGUUCUCAACUCAUGAAAGCUAUCACAGCUGGCAGCGAUUACUUCGGCUUCGCCUAGACUGAUAGGCAAGCAUAUUUGAAUUCGGCGAGCUGAGGAGAAGGCAUAGAAAGCAUUUGCAUGGUUUGCGGACAAGGAAGGUCUGGAUUACAGGUUCACGGCAAGACAUACGGGUUGAUUCGCGUGCGACCGAGAGUUUUCUCGGUUGCAGCCUCCGUUUCCUCACGUACAGCUCGAUGAGACAGAUGGAUUUCUUCACCGCGUUGGUUUUUCCCCUCCAUUAUGAACCGUAUUGGAUCCCCGGCAACGUUCGUCAGUGUGGACUGGUCACAGCGGAGUGCAGGCUGCUUGGGACUUUGCCUACACUGCAACGGCCACAUGGGCAGGAAAGCGCGGUACUGUAGAGUAGUAACAAUGAUAUCGUGUUUUUUUCC